AUGGCACCAAUUGCAGUCGACCCAAUCGUCGCACCGACUCCAGCGGUCAAAACCCCCCACUGCAUCGUCGCAAAGGGUUCCGCCAUGGACUCUAUCUCUGACAUGGUUGACGAAGUCAACGUCUACCGCGGCACACACCCCGAUGCACCUCAGCCCGCCACAGCAGAAGACGAAGCAUGGCGUACCGAAGGUUCCCGUUUCGACUCUGAAAAAGACAAAGCAGACUUCCGUCGAUACGAAGACGCUCUCGACCACGUUAAAUCCUUCUACAAGACUCAGCACGAGAAGCAAACUGUAGCAUUCAACAUUCAAGCUCGUGAUCGUUUCCUCAAGAACCACCAUGCAUCCAUGACGGUGUGGGAGGCGAUCGAGAAGUUGGACACACUCGUGGACGAGUCUGAUCCUGAUACUUCCUUGUCGCAGAUUCAGCAUCUGCUGCAGACGGCGGAGGCGAUGAGGAGAGAUGGCAAGCCGGAUUGGAUGCAGCUUACUGGUCUUAUCCAUGACUUGGGUAAACUGUUGUGCUUCUUCGGUGCUGAUGGACAGUGGGAUGUUGUAGGAGACACUUUCGUUGUUGGUUGUGCUCCUGAAGGUACUGUUUAUCCUCACACUUUCGAGGGAAACACAGACUUUCACGACGAGCGAUACAACACAAAGUACGGAAUGUACGAACCCAACUGCGGCCUCAAAAACGUCAUGCUUAGCUUUGGUCACGACGAAUACCUCUACGAAAUCGCCAAGCGAGAGUCGACACUGCCACAAGCAGCACUCGACAUGAUCCGUUACCACUCCUUCUACCCAUGGCAUCGCGAGGGCGCUUACCGACACCUUUGCAGCGAAGAGGACGAGGAUGCGCUGUCAAACGUUCUUGCAUUCAACCCAUACGAUCUGUACUCCAAGUCAGACUCGCCUCCUGACCCGGUCGAGUUGCGUCCUUACUACGAAGGCUUGAUCGAGAAGUACUUUGGUGGUAAGGAUCGUAAAAUUCAGUGGUAG